AUGAACGAGGGUGAUGGAGCAUUACCUACUUCUUUGAUAAAUUCAGUUACAGAGAUUAAUCAUUCAACUAGUAGUGUUGUUACUGAUUCAAGUAGUAAUGAUGAUACUUCAAGCCUCAUCAACUCACCUAGGGUGUGUUACUCCCCUAAAGGAUCCAAGAAGUACAUUGCAGGCUGCUUGCAUCAUCUUAAACCUAGUGUGGGUAUGAUUUUUGAUUCUUUAAAAGAGGCUGAACUUUUUUAUAAAGUUUAUGCUGCUCACUGUGGUUUUCAAGUGCGCAAUGGGACUGAUAAAAAGCAAAAACAAACUGUUGGAAAAGAAAUUGUUGAAGUGAUAGUUCUCAAAUAUUUGCUUUGUACUAAGCAAGGUUAUUAUCAACCCAAGCCUAGAAAUCAAGAUGCUGAGUGUAGUCAAACGCGGAAAAGAAGUGUGACACGUUCUGGUUGCUCUGCUUGUAUUCGGUUACGGUAUAGUUCUGGUGGUAAAUAUGUGAUUUAUUAUUUUCAUGAGGGUCAUUCUCAUCCUUUUUUAACCCCAAGCUCCAUACCCUUUACUAAAGAAUCCAGGCAGUUGACUCAGGUGCAAAAGCAAUAUAUUUUUAAUAAUGCCAAAGUUAAUAUAGGGCAUGUUAAGUCCUAUAGGAUGAGUAAAGAACAUUGUGGAAGUUAUAACAAUGUUCGUGGUACAAAAACUGAUUUUAAAAACUUUUAUCGUGAUUUGAAAGUUUAUAUAGGCGAUAAAGAUGCGUUUAUGUUCAAGGAAAAUUUUGAGAGGAAAGUACAGGCUUCUAAUGGGGGUUUUUACUUUGAUUAUUGUGUUGACAAGCAUAAACAACUUACUCGUGCUUUUUGGGCUGAUUCAAUCUGUAGGAAAAAUUAUGCAUUAUUUGGGGAUGUUGUUACUUUUGAUACUUUGUUGUCCAAAGAAGAUACUGCCUCUUUUGUUUGGUUGUUUGAGACAUUUUUGAAGUGCAUGGGUAAUUGUGAACCUUAUUGUUUGCUCACGGAUCAAGAUCCUGCCAUGUCAAUUGCUAUAGAGAAAGUGUUUAAAACGACUAAACCGCGUUUAUGUAUGUGGCAUAUAAUGCGUAAGGUGCCUGAUAAAGUUGGCCCUGUUCUUUGCAGAGAAACUGAUUUUUUGAAGAAGUUAAAUGCAGUGGUAUGGGAUUCUGAUUUGGAUCCAACUCAGUUUGUAUCCGAAGAAUGUGAGGCAGCAUGUUUUGCAUGUGGUAUAGAGAGUUGCAAUUCAUGUUAUGGUGCUGGUGAAGAGUUUUCUGUUGUUUAUGAUAACGAGAGGCGCAAGAAUUAUGAUGUUAUUUUUGACACGAGUUCUAAUGAUAGUACAUGCAGUUGUAGAAAGUUUGAGAGUGAAGGGUAA